GCUGGUUGUAAUAUUGACAAAAGUCGCCAGACGCGUUGCGGUGCUGUUUUAUGUCAAAGACGCCCAUGGUGUUAUGUCGAUUGACACAUGACAUUCAUGUACUAGUAUCUCAAAUUAUUAAACGAUGUAUUAAGCAUAAGCCAAAGAUGGAUAGCCCCAUAAAGUCAUGAUUCGGAGGUGUGACAAUGUAGUUUCCGCGCAGUUUGAAACUGGGUAUUUUGUUUUCCUAUACUAAAGUGAUGAUUAGGUCUCAGCCAACGAUCUUUCUGAAUUGAGGGAAUAAUAUAAUUCACGUCGUACUUCGACUUAGAUUAACCGCGCUUUCGUCGAGUGACGUAACUCUCACUUGCAAUAUUUACGCUCGAUGCUCGCUUUCAGCCGACUGAUUCGCGUGUGUAUGCCGUGCGUAGAGUAGCUUUUUGGCUAACUCUCUGAACCUGGAAUAUAGCUAUUCUAAUAUUAGGAGAAUCAACAUUUUAUCGGAGUAACUUGAUCAUCAAACAUCAUGCGACCAAUCUCCGUGGGAUAUAUUUGUACUGUUGUUAUUUUGAUGACUUAUUUUGUUGGAAUACAAGCAUCUUCAGAAGAAAUUGAUCGAUCGAGAACAAGACACUUUGAACACGCUCAUCGAACUUGCAACAAAAAAUUUUGUGUCUCUGUAGUAAGCUAUUGUACUCUGCAAGAUAAAUGUUAUUGCAAUCCAAAAGUAAAUUGUUCUUGUUGCCGGGAAUGUGCGAUAUGUAUGGGAAAGUUCUACGAACAUUGUUGUGAUUGCGUAGGCAUGUGUGAAAAGAACGUUUCAGCUUUACUGCCAACCAUGAUGAGCACAUUGAAUACAUUACCAGAUCCAAAUCCGGAAUUAUUCCGGGCUCUUACGGAUGAACCGAUCCCUCAACUCAAAUACCAGAUUGUCAAAUUUCCAGUUAUGGGAGAACUGGCGUUUCAUCACCACAAAAACAGCGAUGAUACACCGAUUGUCAUUGAACAUGUUUCAGGAAAAGGAUGGACAUAUAGCGGGAUGUCAGCUACAGAGUAUUGGGAACACGUACAAGAAGAACUGCAUGGGAGAGGAAAUUUUACCGAACCAAUGUUAUGUACUGUCAGUUAUUUCGACAAAUGCAUCUCUCUUGAAGAAUGUCACAUGUCAUGUGACUCAAUGGGGGCAGCAUCCUUUCGAUGGUUUCACAAUGGAUGCUGCGAGUGCGUUGGACCGUCAUGUCUCAACUCUGGCAACGCUUAUCCGAAAUGCAAAGCUUGUACGACGUGAUCACUCGUAUAAUGGUGUAUCGACUGCUGCUUCCGUGCCAAGAAUUGAUGAAAUAUACUUGCAUCAUAUAACGAUUUGGGAUACGCUUACAAACCUUUCAACGGUUAUACAAUUGGAGAAAAGUCGCAAAAAAUUGCCAGCAUGUGCUUCCAUUGCUACUACACUCCCCUUAAAUGUACAUCCACUUGCUAUUAUUGUAUAGCGGACCGUCAUAAAAUUUGAUACAAUUUAUACCUACGCAUAACCCCAUUGUUUUCAGCUUUUGGAAACUGACAGGCAGUGGUGGGAUUCAGCCGGUUCGCAUCGGUUCUAUAGAACCGUCUCAGGAAAUUUUAUGAGAUCAGCGAACCGGUUAGCAUUUCUGGUUACUGUCAAUGUUCUGUUUGUAACAGAACCGGCUGAAAAAUAUGACUUUUGUGAAGGAACCGGCUGUCAAAAAAUUUGAAUCCCACCACUUCUGGCGAGGUAUUAUAAUACAGGUGUAAUAUAGCAAUGACUACAGAAGCUGCGAGAUGGCAACUUUUCCAAGCGCUUAUGCUGUACGGUUUUCAUCGAAACACAAACUAAUAGUUCUUCUUUCUGGAAAUUUGUAAAGUUCUUUUUUAUGUUUCUUAGACGCAGAAUAGCUUUAUCACAUCCAUUUUGCAUGGUAAUUGAAUAUCGAUUCUUUUUGAAUAAUUAUUUUAUUUCAAUUCUGUCGUUUGUACAUUUUCAUAUUCACUAAUGAAAAGCAUUUUUUUCCAAACAAGUAAAGUCCCAAAAUCGAAAAUGUAUUUGUUGGGCAAGAAUAAGAUACAUAUAAUGUAAUCAAUAGCAUUUUUAUUCUGCUACUGGGUAAUUGGUUGUGCGAAAAGAAAAAGAAAAUGUUCUUGGUUUUCGAUUUGGUAUUCGAUACUCGAAGGAAUAUCUAUGGCCGUCUCUUCCAGUGCCAUUGUUUGAAAUAUACAUCAAACUAGUUCAAAUCUUAUGAAAAUCUUGAAAUUAUUUUUUCAAAAAUUGAGUUGAAAGUAACAUUUAAACUUUGACAGACCGCGUGAUAAAUAUGUUUUAUAUUCGCUUUGAAAUUGCAUCCAGAUCCAUUUCAGAAUCAAGAUUCGAUACUUAUGAAGUAUAUUCCCAUAUUCGAACGAAAGGAUAUUUUUAGUUUUUUUUUUUUCAGAAAAUUCAAUUACAUUUAAAAUGUAUUUCUAUCGCCAGUUUCAUUAUUCUUCUCCUCAAUUGUGUACGAUAUAUUACAUUAUAGAUUUUUCUUUUGAUAAGCCAAAUUUUCUCGCCGUCAAUAUAACGAUAGUGUAGUGAAGUACCGAUCUGACACCUGAUAGAUCUCCGGCGUGACAAAUUAUCGAGGCUAAAAAUUGCACCGGAGGCUAUACUUUAUUUCCAUGACGUUUGUGUUGUUUCAAAGCAGAAAAUAUAUUUAGAACAAUAUCAUACUUGGUUGGAAGCAAGUGAUUAAUGGAGGUCCUAUGGCCUAACUUUAAUAUGUUAUAAAUUGAGUAUAACUGUUUUGUUUUUGGUAUUUUGUGAUGUUUGUUGUCUGUACAUAAAAUUGCUAAUGAAGCCAUUUCAAGGCAAUUAAUACUUGGAAAUCGUUCAAAAUACUGUUAGUCCUUUUCGUCAAACAAAUAUAAUUGUUACAUUCCAGAAUUGCAACCAUAUUUCUUAUAUAUAUCCCAUGAAAGUCAAUGAAACUACUUUGUAAUUUUACUUAUUCCGUUUUUGUUACAUUGCUUUGAUAUUUUUGUAGCCCAAAAAUUAUCUUAGAACACUUUAUUUAAAAUGGUGGAUUUUCUUUUUCUGCGAUAAAAUUUUUGUCCUAUCUUAAUUUGAAUUGCCCUUUCUCGUGGUAUCACGAAUUUACACUUUUCCUAUCAAGUUACAUUUAUAAUCUCUACUUUUGGGGUUUCGUAUACGUAAUUUAUGGGUAUUAUAUCGAUAAACGUUAUUGUUUAUACAGAGAUAAAGGCGAUUGUACUAAAAAUUCCUGCGAUGUGGAUAUAUAUUCCUGUUCUUUUUUGAAGAAAGGUACAUUUGGUACAAUGAUUGGAUUAGCCUAGCCGGUACCGCGACAUUACUACAUAUUAGAAACUGCAUUAUUCUAUUUGAUGGAUUAAAUAUAUACAAAUUGCAAUCUCGCUCAAAAUGGCCGCCUAUUGAACUAGAAAUACACAUCGUUUUAAGCCCCAAAACAUCAUAAUAAGUAAUAAUCUGCAAUUGGAGAAAUACAGUAACAUGCUAGAAUCAGUAACAGGCACAAUGGAAUGAAGUAAUUUUUGAUGACAACAUGGAAUUAUUGGAAAUUCAUAUUAAUGUCUUAAGUCAGAUUGAUGUUGAAUAAACUCAUCAGAAAUAUCCACUUUCGAAAUAUAGUAUAUAUCGGAAUAUGAAAAUGAACAAUUUCAAACUAACCAA